CAUUAAUCCACUGGAGGAGUACAAGAACACACAUUUUUGUUCUUGUUUCCCAGCCAAUUUAAACUCUGCUCACACCUCUCAAAGGGAUCACUCUCGUCAUUCGGCAAAGGUUACGUAUUUGAAGCCGUCCGAAAGAAAGUUUGUGAUUGAGUAACAAGAAGCAAUGUGGGUCUGAAAUAUUUACAGGUAGUCAUGGUUGAUUGCAAGGCUGGACCUCUGCUGGUUUUUGCUCUCACGGUGGUGAUGAACAUAUUUUCAUCCUGCCUCGGAGCCAAUGUUAAAUUAGGUGUGCCUGAGAACUACGAUGGCAUUUUCCCCUGGUAUUUAGCCAAGCUCCACAGCCUGACAGGCAAUUACAGCGACUUAGUGGUGACGGGGGACGAUGAAGGUAUUUUUGGAGUGGACACCCAGUUCCUUUAUGCCCUGAAACCACUGGACCGGGAGAAGCAGCCGUCUUACUCUCUGCAGGUGUCUUUCAGAGCAUCAGGGCAACUCCAGAGCUUCACGGUCGAAGUGUGCGUCAUCGACAAGAACGACAACGUGCCCACUUUCAUUCAGGAGAGCAUGCGAGGCAGCGUGCAGCUCGGCCUUCUCAAAGGGAUACCCUUCAUGCAGGUGGAGGCGCUGGACCGCGAUGACCGCAAGACCGCCCACGCCGAGCUACGAUUCCGCCUGAUGGAGCAGACCCCCAGGAUCCCCUCCCCUCAGAUGUUCUUCAUUGACUCCGUCACGGGAGAGGUUUCCCUCACCGAGGACGGAGCCUCAACACUGGACCCCGAGAUGUGCGGCAGAUACAAACUGUCAGUGAUGGUGAAGGACAUGGCGGGGAAGUCCAACGCCUUCUUCGCCACCGGCAUCGUUACCGUGGAGGUGACCGGGAACACCUGGGCAUCGCCCGAUCCCGUCCGACUGCAGGAGAACCUCCCAGGACCCUAUCCCAUCCCCAUCUCCCAGGUGAAGUGGAGUGGAAGUCGAGCAGAGUACAGUCUGGAGGGGGAGUUUCCAGAGAUGCUCUUCACCAUCAGCAGGGAAGGAGUCAUUUGUCUCAACGCCCCCCUGGACAGAGAAACACAAGACCAGUUCCUGAUCAGCAUCGUGGUGGAGCGUCCAGACGGCCGAGCCAUCGCCAAGCCGGUGGAGCUGAGGGUGAUGGUGGGCGACGCCAACGACAACAGACCCACCUUUCCACAGGCACAGUACCACACGGUUGUCAAGGAACUGGCAGCUCGAGGGACGGAAAUCUUGACGGUUCAGGCGGCCGACAACGACGACCCUAAGACCGACAACGUACGGAUCUUUUAUCGCUUGGUGGGACAAAUCCCAGAGAGUCCUCGCGCUCUGUUCAGAGUGGACCGGGACUCUGGGGUCAUCUCUGUCCAAGCAGACAGCAUGGAGGGAACGGCCCCCCAGUACACACUCACCAUCACUGCUGAAGAUGCUAAAGGUCUGAACAGUUCCUGCACGGUGGUGGUGACGGUGCAAGACGAGAACAACAACCCGCCGGUCUUCUCCCAACAUGAGUACGGACCCUACCACAUCCCGGAAGAUGCAUCAGUGGGCACCAUAGUAACAUCUGUGCUGGCAGGCGACGCUGAUGUGCGAGGAGGCGACAGCUGGCAGGUGAACUACCGCUUCGAGUGUGGAAACGAGGAGGAGGUCUUCUCAUUGAUGACGGACAGGCAGACCAAUGAGGUCUCACUUGUUCUUUCAAAGGUUCUUGACUUUGAGCGUGAGAGCGAGUACAUCCUGGUUCUAAGUGCCCAGAAUCCGGUGGCUUUGGUCCGGGGCCGCUACGGUCCAUCAUCCACAGCAACCGUAUCGAUCUACGUGGACGACGUCAAUGAAGGUCCGAUUCUGUCCCAAAGCCAUUACGAGGUGACGGUCAGAGAGGGCGAGGAACCGGGCCGCGUGAUCGCCACUAUCCGAGGCUACGACCCCGACUCUCACCCCAUCAGAUAUUCUCUUCAAGGGGACACCAAGAAGUACUUUUCGAUUGGGAAAUAUUCCGGGGAACUGAAGACCGUGCAGGCCUUGGACCGAGAGGAGAACAGCACAUACACCAUGGAGGUCAUUGCAGUGGAUGGACGGAACUCUUCCUUAUCCGCUUCAACUUUGGUCACGGUCCAAAUCCUGGACGUGAACGACAACAGUCCGGUGCUGGUGGGUGACUACUCCUGGAAGUACUUGUGUACGCCGCGCUGGGAAGACCAAGCGCUGGUGCUGGCCUCCCGGGACAGCGACGGCCCGCAACACGGAGGAAGGCUCAACUUCUCCCUAAGGAGCGACGCCACGGUCCGGCGCAACUGGAAGCUCACACCCAUUAAUGACACUCACACCAACCUGUCCCUGAACACACCAUAUCUGGCCCCUGAGGUUUACACGGUGCCCUUCACCAUCUCUGACAGCAGCUCCCCCCCCAGAAGCACCUUCAUCAACUUACCAGUGACCGUGUGCCCUUGCAACGUCAGGGGGAACUGCAAAAUGCCGGCCAAGCAGCUGCCGGGCAUGCCGACUAUCCAGUCUGCCGUGGGCAUCCUGCUCGGCACUUUUGCAGUCAUAGGGACCAUUCUCGUCGUGGUGUUUGUGAGGAUGUCUUACCAGAACCCCAAAGAGCCGAGUAAAACCACGAGCCAGGAGAGAAUCCCUCUGAAAAUAUCCAUUUAAAUCCGACGACCACCCGCCGUUGCUCGUAUGCCGCUGAUGAAAUAUCAUAACGUCUUUCUAUACUCAAAGUUCAGUAAAAAGCAAAUGUAAAAACUAGCUCUUAGGCCUCCCUGUUGUUGAUGUUUGUUACGUAUUUAACAUUUUGCUUGUUUUUUUUAACUGAUAGAUGAUUCUUGUACACCCUUGAUCAGAUAAAUUUUUUUAAAUAAAAUUACAUGUUGAUUGAGGUUUUUUUUAAAUAAUUUCCUAAGCUAAUUAAACUACACUUUUAUUUCAAAUAGAUGAAGUUUAAACACGCUGCUUUGACCGUCGAUUUAUUUUUGCUCGUGUUUCGCCAGCAAUAAUUUCUCCUUGUCUAAAUUGCAUAACUUUAUUCAACAUUUCUAGUGAGGGGCAUUUUGUACUCCCUUGUCCCGGGAAAAAUGCUUUGCGUAAAUCUUUUAUUUAUAGAUCUGUAUCGCUCUGGAAUAACCUGCCUCGAAUUCUCACCGGCAUUGAAAGUAAACAGGUUUUUUAAAAGGAAAGUCAUAUUUUAUCUGAGUCUUUAAAUUAGUUUGGUUGUUGAUGAUUUUGUUUGGUUUUGUAUUGUGUAGUUAUAUUUAUAUGGUCAUUAUUAUUCUGUGACUGUAAAUUGUUUGCUUGUUUUCUUAUUGAUGCUUUUAUUUUUUUCUGUAUUGUGUAGUUAUAAUUAUAUGCUUUUACUUGUAAUUGCAUUGAGUUUGUGGACCCCAGGAAGACUAGUGGGUUGUUAUGGCAACCAGCUAAUGGGGAUCCUUAAUAAAAAUCAAAUCAAAUCAAA